GGGGGGACACCGGUGCCGUGCCCACCUGGUGACAUUUGGGUGGCACUCGGAACGUUUGCGCUGGGCGGAGCCGAGGGGCGCCGGUGUGGUGGCCACUUGGUGACAUUUAGGUGGCACUUGGGAGGUCUGGGGGUGGCAGAACCAGGGGACACCCUCGUGGUGCCCACUGGGUGACAUUCGGGUGACACUUGGAGGAACUGGAGGUGGCGGAAUGCGGGGACAAUGCCGUGGCGCCAUUUGGAGGAAGCGAAGGCGCCGGAGCUGCGGCGACACCUCCGCGGUGCCCACCGGGUCCCCCUCGCCCCUCAAGGUGCCACCGCCGUGCCACCCACCCCGUCCCCGUCCCCGCAGGCGUCGCCGUCGCUGACCCCCGUGCGCCAGGCCGGCGUCUGCGCCUUCUACGGCGAGUGCGGGCGCAACCCCGAGGUCAACACGUCGCUGGUGCCCUCCAAGGUGCCCUGCCUGUCCAACACGCCGGCGCGCGUGGCGCAGGGCGCGCUGCUGGCCCUGCUGCGCUCCGUGUGCCCCGAGCUGGCGCGGGGGGACAACGAGACCACGCGGGUGUGCUGCAGCUACGGGCAGCUGAGCGCGCUGCGCGUCAGCGUGGGGCUGUCGGGCGCCGUGCUGGCGCGGUGCCCGGCCUGCGCCCGCAACUUCGCCAACCUCUACUGCCACAACAUCUGCAGCCCCGACCAGAGCCUCUUCACCAACGUCACCCGCGUGGCCGACUACGCGGCGGUGCCCGGCGCCCGGGCCGUGCUGGAGUACCGGCUCUUCUACCGCCGCCGCUACGCCGAGGCCGCCUUCGCCUCGUGCCAGGACGUGCGGCUGCCGGCCACGGGCGGCUACGCCAUCUCCACCAUGUGCGGGCGCUACGGCGCCGAGCUUUGCACGGCCCAGCGCUGGCUGGACUACCAGGGCAACAAGAACAACGGGCUGGCGCCGCUGCAGAUCGACUUCCGGCUGCUGCCCAACGGCUCCGAGCCCGGCGAGGGCGUCGUGCCGCUGGACGCGCCCGUCUGGAGCUGCGACCAAGCGCCCGGCGCCGACCAGGAGCCGUCGGUGGCCACGCGGCCGGUGGCCGUGCUGGCGGCGGCCGCGGCGGUGGCCGGAGGGCUCUCGGCCGGGCUGGUGACCCUGCAGCUGACCACGGACCCCGUGGAGCUGUGGUCGGCGCCGGGCAGCCGCGCCAGGCAGGAGAAGGAGUUCCACGACCGCCACUUCGGGCCCUUCCUGCGCACCAACCAGGUGAUCGUGACGGCGCCGGGGCGCCCCGGCACCGCCUACGACUCGGUGGUGCUGGGCACCAAGAACUUCAGCGGGGUGCUGGCCCAGGACGUGCUGCUGGCGCUGCUGGAGCUGCAGGAGACGCUGGCGGGCACCACGGCGUGGGCACCGGGCGCGGGCAGGAACGUCAGCCUGCAGGACGUGUGCUACGCCCCCCUGAACCCCGCGGCGCCCGGCGUGGGCGACUGCGCCGUCAACAGCGUCACGCAGUACUUCCAGAACAACCGCAGCCGCCUGGCGCUCAGCGCCUGGCAGCAGGACAGCAAGGAGCAGGGCACCGUGGACUGGCACGACCACCUCAUGUACUGCGUCAACUCCCCGCUCUCCUUCAAGGACAUCACGGCGCUGGAGCUGAGCUGCAUGGCCGAGUACGGCGCGCCCGUGUUCCCCUACGUCGCCCUGGGCGGCUACCGCGAGUCGGAGUACACGGAGGCCGAGGCGCUGAUUGUCACCUACUCGCUGAACAACUUCCCCGCGGGGGACCCGCGCCUCGAGUGGGCGCUGAGCUGGGAGCGGCAAUUCCUGCGCGUGGUGCGCGACUUCCAGCGCCACCACGGCGGCAACCUCUCGGUCACCUUCAUGGCUGAGCGCUCUCUGGAGGACGAGCUCAACCGCACGAGCGGGGAGGACCUGCCAGUGUUCGCCACCAGCUACCUGCUGGUGUUCGCCUACAUCGCGCUGGCCCUGGGCGAGUGUUGGGGGUGGCAGCGGGUCCUGGUGGAGUCCAAGGUGACGCUGGCGCUGGGGGGCAUCGCGGUGGUGCUGGGGGCCGUGCUGGCCGCCAUGGGGCUGCUGGCGCUGCUGGGGCUGCGCUCGUCCCUCAUCAUCAUCGAGGUCGUGCCCUUCCUCGUGCUGGCCGUGGGCGCCGACAACAUCUUCAUCUUCGUGCAGGAGCUGCAGCAGUCGCAGCAGGAGCCGGGCGAGACGCGGGAGCAGCACCUGGGGCGGGUGCUGGCACAGGUGGCACCGAGCAUGCUGCUCUGCAGCCUCUCCGAGACCGUCUGCUUCCUCCUCGGUGCCCUCUCGUCCAUGCCAGCCGUGCGGACCUUCGCCCUCACGGCGGCGCUCGCCAUCGCGCUGGACUUCGCGCUGCAGAUGUCGGGGUUUGUGGCACUGGUGGCGCUGGACAGGCGGCGACAGGAGGCCGGGCGCUUCGACCUCUGCUGCUGCUGCGGGAAGGGCAAGGGGGGCACGGCCGGGGCGGGCAGGGGGCUGCUGCGCCCCUUCCUCGAGCGCUUCUACACCCCCGUGCUGCUGCACCCCCUCGUGCGGCCCGCCGUGGUGCUGCUGUUCCUGUUCCUGGCCUGCGCCGGGCUCUUCCUGCUCUUCCACGUGUCCGUGGGGCUGGACCAGGAGCUGGCACUGCCCGAGGACUCGUACCUGCUCCCGUACUUCUCGGAGCUGAACCGCUACCUGGCCGUGGGUGUCCCCACCUACUUUGUCACCACGAGCGGCUACAACUUCUCCUCGGAGAACGGCACCAACGCCAUCUGCUCCAGCGCCGGCUGCGACGCCGACUCGCUGACGCAGAGCAUCCAGCUGGCCACGCGCUUCCCCAACGUGUCCUACCUGGCCAUCCCGGCCACCUCGUGGCUGGACGAUUUCCUGGACUGGCUGAACCCCACGGUGCGCUGCUGCCGCAUCCACCAGAGCGGGGAGCACCAGGGCGAGUUCUGCCCCUCCACCAGCACUGACCCCAGCUGCGCCCUGGGCCAGUGCCUGAAGCAGCUGCGGCGCCCCACGGCCGAGGAGUUCCAGCGCUUCCUGCCCUGGUUCCUGCAGGACCGGCCCACCCUGCAGUGCGCCAAGGGUGGCCUGGGCGCCUACGACACCGCGGUGAGCAUGGACGCCAACGGCACCAUCCUGGCCGCAGCUGACCCCAGCUGCGCCCUGGGCCAGUGCCUGAAGCAGCUGCGGCGCCCCACGGCCGAGGAGUUCCAGCGCUUCCUGCCCUGGUUCCUGCAGGACCGGCCCACCCUGCAGUGCGCCAAGGGUGGCCUGGGCGCCUACGACACCGCGGUGAGCAUGGACGCCAACGGCACCAUCCUGGCCACGCGUUUCAUGGCGUACCAGCGGCCGCUGCGCACGUCCCAGGAGUACACGAGUGCCCUGCGCGCCGCCCGCGCCCUGGCAGAGCGCAUCACGGGCACCCUGCGCGCCGUGCCCGGCACCGACCCCGCCUUCCGCGUCUUCCCCUACACGGUGACGUACGUGUACUACGAGCAGUACCUGACGGUGGUGCCCGAGGGGCUGGUGACGCUGGCACUGUGCCUGGUGCCCACCUUCGCCGUGUCCUUCCUGCUGCUGGGCAUGGACGUGCGCUCCAGCCUGGCCACGCUGCUGACCAUCGCCAUGGCGCUGCUGGGCACCGUGGGCUGCAUGGCGCUCUGGGCAGUGCCCUACAACGCCGUGGCACUCAUCAACCUCGUGGCGGCCGUGGGCAUCUCGGUGGAGUUCGUGUCCCACAUCACCUGCGCCUUCGCCCGCAGCCGCCAGCCCACGCGGGUGGCACGAGCCGCCGAGGCCACCGUCACCAUGGGCAGCAAGGUGGUGGCGGGGGUGGCCAUGACCAACCUGCCGGGGGUGGCGGUGCUGGCGUUCGCCAAAGCGCGCCUGGUGCGCAUCUUCUUCUUCCGCCUCAACCUCAUCGUCACCGUGCUGGGGCUGGCACACGGCCUGGCAUUCCUGCCCGUGCUGCUCAGCUACAUCGGGCCCGCGCCGCAGGUGCCAGCGGGGGAGGACACGCCGGGGGACACCGUGCAGGGGACAGGGCUGGGCCUGGGCAACCCCUGCUUCAAGGACACGGACAAGGACAAGGACAAGGACAAGGAAAAGGACAAGGGGUCCGGGAAGGGCUGAGCCCCCACUGCCCCCCCGCGCCCC